AAAAAGGUGAAGAAAAAUGCACUAUUGAAGCACUUGUCAGGGGGUAAAGAGGAAAAGAAGAAGCAGAAAGGUAAUUUCUUUAAUGAUCAAACCAAUUACAGACUUUCUGCCACAAGGAGAGCACUUCAACUGCUACACUGACAACUAUCUGAUUCACACUUUGAGUGAUAAAGCUUUUAUGACUCAAUGGUUUGUUGAUAACGAGUCAGAUUACGUUGAUAUGUCAAUUACAGCACUGAGACGCAAGAACGGAACUGCUGACUCCUCAGUAGCCCAACCUGCCUCACCCUCAAAGGAAAGUGGAAUUAUAAAAGAUAAGGAUUUUAAACUAGUAUCCAACUUCCAGGGGGAAGAAGAGGACUUUGAAAUUUCUGAGACUAAAAAGGAUGAAAUACUUAGCUUAGAGAUUGAUGCUAGCAAGAACGGAAAUUAUAACAUGAUAACCACCUCUUCUAAUAACAUUGAGAGAAGUUUUAAUGAUUUCAUGCUCCUAAGGAAAGCUCUUGUUCAAAAUUUCCCAGGAUGCUACAUCCCAAAAAUCCCUGAAAGGAGAGCAGGAGUUGAGGUCCUUUCUCAGACCAAGGAGGAAGCUAUGGAGCUCAAAAGGAUCCAACUAGAGGACUUUAUUAGCAAGCUUGGUUCGAUUUCCCACUUAAGCUCAAGUGAUAUCUACAAAUCAUUUGCUAACUCCAAUGCCAAUGUUAACAAAUCUCUGAAAAGAUAUCUAAAUCCAACUAAAUAAGCAAAUUCUUGAUAGAUAUAAGGAAGUUUUCUUCAAUUUAUACGACAAAGAGAUCAAUGGAGACCUGAUCGAUAAAAUAGAGAAGUUUAGCGAGUCCCUCAAAUGAAGGCUCCCAGUACUGAAGAAAUUUAGACUAUCUAUUCGCAAAUAACAUUGAAGACUUUAGAGCAUCUUAUAACAAGGUCAGCGAGUUAAUGACAACACUUGGAGAGUUUGAGGAGUUGUUCUUGGAUUAUACAAAAGAUAUUGCACAGUAUGAUAAUGUGAAUAAGGCUGACUCGUUUGCAGAUAAUUACGGAUCUCGCUUCGGUGUCUUCGAAGAACUCCAAACUGACCAAGCCUGCCCCUACUACGAACUCGAUGCCUUCAUCAACAACGACAUUGCUGACUAUGAAGCCUUCAUCGAUGCCAUCAAGACUCAGACCCAGUAUCUGACUGACCGCAAAACGGUGAGGUACCAGCUCGACAAACUGAUCCAGCAGUUCAACUCGCUCGACUUCGCAGCUGCCAAAGACGACAGAGUCCGGAAGAUGCAGACCAAGAUCGAAAGCCUUGAGAUCGAGUUCAACGAAAUGGAUAUCAUCUGAAACAUCAUGCUGGUCGCCAUGGGGUACUACGAGAUCGAGAGGUUCGAGAUCGAGAAGUACAGGCUAUACUGAGAGGCAAUAGCAAAGUUCUCUAAACAAGAAACCGCCAAUGAAAUUGAAAUUUUAGGGUUUUAUCAAUACCUCAAGAACCUGAGUAAAAUCUCUUCAAAAUCAUAAAAUUAACCAUCAUUCAA